AUGACAGAACCUGCCUUUUCUUUAGAUAACUUGUUUUUUGAAGGACCAGGCACAAAGCAAAUGUAUCUAGAAAAUGAAGAGCCAACAAACUGGGACCUUGCACCUGUUCCAUCUGUUUUUGAAAUUCCACCCACUCAGGAGCUACAAAUGGAUUUUGCAAAAACUAACCAAAAAGAAGAAGAUGGUGAUGAAAGUGGUUACUCAACAUUCAGGAAAAGCUUAUUUAAACCAUCUUCUUAUACAUAUGCAAAUAAUGCCAGUGCAAGGAUAGAAAUGGAUACAUAUUGCAAUAUUAUUAACAACAAAGAGAUGAAAAAAGACUUAUGGAAAAAUAAUAUCCAGAUAGCCCAAAAUUCAGAUUUUAAUUGUCUUUCUAUAAAUAAUACUUUUUCUGCUUCUGCAAAUACAAAAGAAAUUAAAAAGGCGUCAUCAUUUCCAUGUAUUUCAGAGAUCUCUAGUAUGGAAGUAAUAUCUAAAAAUGACUCUGUGGUUUUGAGGCCUGUGACUGAAAUCCCCACUCAAUUUAGAAAUAUUUUCAAAGAGUUCCCUUAUUUUAAUUUUAUUCAGUCUAAGGCUUUGGAUGAUCUCCUUUACACGGACAGAAAUUUUGUAAUCUGCGCACCAACUGGUUCUGGAAAAACUGUGAUGUUUGAGCUUGCAGUUACCAGAUUAUUAAUCAAAGUGCCAAUACCUUGGUUAAAUAUUAAAAUUGUAUAUAUGGCUCCAAUAAAAGCUCUCUGCAGUCAGCGCUUUGAUGAUUGGAAAGAAAAAUUUGGACCCAUUGGACUCAUCUGUAAGGAACUAACAGGAGAUACGGCAGUGGAUGACUUAUUUGAAAUACAGCACGCUCACAUUAUUUUGACUACGCCAGAAAAGUGGGAUAGCAUGACUAGAAAGUGGAGAGAUAACUCUUUAGUUCAGCUCGUGAGACUUAUCCUGAUUGAUGAGGUACAUGUUGUAAAAGAUGAGAGCCGAGGUGCUACUCUUGAAGUUGUGGUCAGCCGGAUGAAAACUAUUCAGUCUUCUUUCUCACAAAGUUCUGACAAUCCUAGCUCAGUAUUUCCCAUGAGAUUUGUGGCAGUUUCUGCAACAAUUCCAAAUGCAGAAGAUACUAUCCUGGGGGAAACUAUUGCUAACAUGAUUCUGGUCUUCAUAGAUACGGACUCUUCACAAUUACAAAGAUCUGCAAAUAUAAUAAAAGAAGCCAAGCUAAAGGAUCUCCUAAUUUGUGGAGUUGCUUAUCAUCAUGCUGGAGUAGAAAUGUCUGAUAGAAAAAUAAUUGAAGCAGCUUUUAAUAUGGGAGACAUACCAGUUCUUUUUACUACUAGUACACUUGCCAUGGGAGUAAAUUUACCAGCACACCUGGUAGUUAUAAAAUCAACUAUGCAUUAUGCUGGAGGAAUGUUUCAAGAGUAUAGUGAAACUGAUAUUUUGCAAAUGAUUGGGAGAGCAGGAAGACCUCAGUUUGAUACAACAGCAACAGCAGUUAUCAUGACAAGGCUAAGUACAAGAGACAAGUAUGUUCAUAUGUUAAAUGGUGCAGAUACAAUAGAAAGCAGUUUGCACAAACAUCUAAUUGAGCACUUAAAUGCUGAAAUAGUGCUUCACACCAUCACUGAUGUGAACAUAGCUUUAGAAUGGGUGAGAUCAACUUUCCUCUAUAUCAGAGCUUUGAAGAAUCCAGCCUAUUAUGGGUUUUCAGCUGGGCUGGACAGAAAUGGAAUUGAAGCAAAAUUACAAGAACUAUGUUUGAAGAAUUUGAAUGAUUUGUCAUCACUUGAUUUGAUCAAGAUGGAUGAUAAUCUCUAUUUCAAAACCACAGGGACUGUUGUAUUGAUAUCUGGUUGCAGUGAAUUUUCAGACAUCAAGUUAAGAACAAAUGAGAAAAAAGUACUUAAUUCCUUGAACAAAGAUAAGAAGUGGAUGAACAUAAGAUAUCCAAUGGAAGGAAAAAUAAAAACAAGAGAAAUGAAAGUAAACUGUCUUAUUCAGGCACAGUUAGGAUGCAUUCCCAUACAAGAUUUCACCUUGACGCAAGAUAUAGGAAACAUUUUUAGAAAUGGCAUAAGACUUACAAAAUGGUUAUCUGAAUUUCUGGCUACCCAUAAAAACAACUUUAUUGUAUUACUAAACUCUUUGAUUUUAGCGAAGUGCUUCAGAUGUAGACUUUGGGAAAAUUCACUGAAUGUAUCCAAACAGCUUGAAAAAAUCGGCAUGAGUUUAUCAAAUACAAUGAUGAAUGCAGGACUGACAUCCUUUAAAAAAAUAGAAGAUACAAAUGCAAGAGAGCUUGAAUUGAUUUUGAACAGACAUCCUCCUUUUGGAAAUCAGAUUAAAGAGUCAGUAGCACACCUUCCAAAAUAUGAACUUAACAUAGAGCAGCUGGCAAAGUACAAUGAAGCAGUAGCUGAAAUCAUAGUUACAAUCACAUUAACCAACUUUGAACAGCUGCAGAUAAAAAGAACUGCUCCAGAUUUUCAUUAUACAACCCUAGUAAUAGGAGAUAAUGAUAAUCAUGUGGUUUUUAGACAAAGGAUUACGGAUUCUGCUUUGCUGAAAACUGGAAACUGGACUAAAAAGAUUGAAGUAAGAAGAGCUGUUAAUUCUGAUGAGCUUAAUAUAAAUCUAAUCAGUUCUGAAUAUGUUGGAUUGGAUAUUCAGCAGAAAUAUAAACCAUUUUACUUGGGACCAAAGAAGUUUGGAAUCAUGAUAACUCAUGGAAAAUCUGAUAGCUCUCAGACAUCUUCAGUAGGGUCAUCAAAAUUAAGAACAAAUAAAGGUAAAAUUGGAGUUUCAGAGAAAUCUAACGUGAAGAAUGAGUCAGCUUUUUCUUCAUAUCUUACUGACUUAAGAAACAGGCAUGCUGAAUCUGCCAUUCCCCCAGUCAAGCGACUAAAGAUGCAGAUGUCAAAUAAAUCUCAAAAAGUCGAUCUUAAACAAUUUAGUUAUAUUCCAAAAGCUUUUCUUCCAGGAUUGCCAAGAUUAGAACAUGUACAACAUCCAAGAUCCCCUUUACCAGAAGACAUCUACAGUUCUAAUGUCUGUCAAACAUUUCAACUGAAACCUGAAGUUUGCAAAAUGAAUGGUUUCUUUGCUAUGAAGCAGUCUGAUGAAAAGAGUAAUCCGACAAUGGGCUCAUAUGAAAAUCUUGAAGAAUCUUCAAUGAGCAACUUGACUGAUGCAGAUAAAAGCGUCUCUUUGUUUUCUGAAACUUUGAAUGUAAAUUUUGAAUUAGGAAAUGAAAUUUGGAAUGAUUAUAAUGAUGGGAGUUUUGUACACAACAACACUAAUAUGCAGGAGUUAAAAGAUCCAGAAUCUUCUCCCCUGGAAUCCAAAAACACGUGCAUUCAGAAUUUGAGAAAAAAUACAUCACUUUGCCAAAACACCCAGAAAAAACCUCCUGAGGCACUUUUUAAAAGUUAUUCUCCAAAUAAAACAAAACCCGAUGUCUGUUUACACAAUUCUUACUCUCCUUCACUGACUCCUCCAUCCAGUAACAAAUUACUUCUAGAAUAUGGAAAUCAAAAUAUUUUUAGACUUCAAGAAUAUAAUCCACCAGAAAAGCUGAAAAUGAAAUUAACUACAACUUCAGAAACAGCCUUGAGAUCUUACCAAGUUGCUGGAAAGGGAGACUUUUUUAUUACUAACAGAACUAUGACAAAGGGGGUUGAUCUUAGGCAUCAGCUUGAUGAUGAUGGUGAUAUUAAGCCUUUUCUUGGCAUAUUUGAUGGCCUUUUCUAAUGCUCAUAAACACAAUAUUUUAUCAGUGGGAAAGAAUAAA